AUGUUAUCUCAAAUCGAUCUUCAUAUUGAAUUAAUUGAAAUAUUUUUUUCACUGAUUCAUAAAAUCUUCUAUUGUUUUUUUGAUUUAGACAUUUUGGAGAAAGGUACUCGUGAAGCGUUAACAAAUCAUAGUAAAGCUCUUGGAAAAUUGCCUGAUUUCGGUUCAUUGGCAAUGUCAAAAUGUGUUUUAGCUACAUUAAAAGAUUGUAAUUGUGGAGCUGAUCUUAUUUCUCUUUCAUCAAUUUUAAGUGUUUUAAAUACAACAACUUUAUUAAAAAUCAAUUCCACAGAAUUAUAA